CAAAGCUCACCAGCCCUACCCUGAGAAGUCCCGUUUCCAGGUAAAACCGCCACCUAACCAGAGGCGGUUCUCCUCGUUUCGGCUAGAGAGAUUGAAAAGGAACCAAAAGUAGCAUAUCAAAUUGAGCUCUCAUUUCAAUCAAUUGAAGCUGACUGGAAAUCUCAGAUCAGACAACCAAAUUGGCAAGGUAACUGAGGAUGGAAGCACAAAAAAGUGAAAAACAGUCUUCAUCUUCUGCUACAACCCCACCCAUGGCUUCAUGUCGAAAGAAGAAGAGUGAGGAAGCCACUUUCUUGGAGGAUUUGAAGGAGCACAUUGAUGAGUUCGUGCAUGCAUCUAUGGAUGAACACAAAACUUGCUUCAAGAAGACCAUACAGAAGAUGUUUGGAAUGUCAAAGAUUGUUGCAGAAAGGAGUUCUGAAUCUAAGGGAAUUGAAAGCUCUCUGCCCCUCCAAACAACGGUGUCAGACUAGAAUGUCUCGCCUUCUUUGGUGACAGCUUUAUAUCUAGUUUUAGAGCAUGAUUUUCUCAAAGGAUAAUAAUGUUAGGCAAUGUGUAUUGUUAGAAUUUUGACUUGGGUAAUCCUGCUUGGAGGGAUUUCAUAUGGGUAAAUUUCUAUGACAGAAGGGAUUUCAUCA